AUGCUCCAUAUUGCAAGAAUAAUUGUAAUAAUAUCUUUGGUGGCCAAUUUGGUGGGCGGAUUCCGUAUUCCUAAGAGAGAUUACGACCUGAAAAAUUACUUUAUAGUAGAGGUGGAUACGUUGAACUCCAGUGAACCGUUAUAUAAAUUUAUUGACAAGUAUGGGGACAGUUACAAGUACGAGCAUCAGGUACGUGGACUAGAUGACCAUUUUGUAUUUAGUAUUGACAAGGAACAUCCACAUAAUAGUUUUAUUGGGAAUUUCAACUCCAACAAUGAAAAUUUGAUCAAGAGAUCUGGAGGGUUUGAGGAUGAGUUUGAUGACUUGGUAUCCAACCCGUAUUUGAAGUCGAUUCAUAUGCUUACACCUAAGAGGUUGAGAAAAAGAAUGCCUGUGCCAAUUACCGAAGAAGAAUAUAAGGUUUCGAUGGAAAAUCAAGCCAAGAGAGAUGUAAAUAUUGUUGAUUCAGCGCAGUUACCUAUUAAGGAGGUAAGCGAGAAGUUGGGGAUUAGUGAUCCAAUUUUUCAGAAGCAAUGGCAUUUAGUGAAUACUUUUUAUCCUGGACAUGAUGUCAAUGUCACUGGAUUGUGGUAUGAAGGAAAUACUGGUAAAGGUAUUGUUACAGCUGUCGUGGAUGAUGGUUUAGACUACGAAAGUGAAGAUUUGCAUGAUAACUUCAAUUCUUUGGGAUCGUGGGAUUUUAAUGAUAACACAAAUUUACCAAAACCUAGGUUAUUUGAUGACUACCAUGGUACGAGAUGUGCUGGUGAAAUUGGUGCCGUUAAGAACGACGUUUGUGGUGUAGGAGUAGCGUAUGAUUCUCAAAUCAGUGGGAUUAGAAUUUUAUCGGGAACUAUAUCUGCAGAGGAAGAGGCAUCUGCUAUGAUGUAUGGACUUGACGUCAACGAUAUCUAUUCCUGUUCUUGGGGUCCAACAGAUGAUGGUAAAACUCUUUCACAGCCAGAUGCUAUUGUCAAGAAGGCUAUGAUUAAAGGUAUUCAGACAGGACGUAAGGAUAAGGGUGCUGUCUAUGUUUUUGCAUCAGGUAAUGGAGGCCGUUAUGCUGAUUCCUGUAAUUUUGACGGGUAUACUAACUCUAUUUAUUCCAUUACUGUUGGUGCUAUUGACUAUAAAGGAUUACAUCCAAUGUAUGCAGAGGCCUGUUCUGCAGUCAUGGUUGUUACAUACUCGUCUGGUUCUGGUGAACAUAUCCAUACUACCGAUAUAAAAGGGAAAUGCUCGGCACUUCAUGGUGGUACAUCGGCUGCUGCACCUUUAGCGGCAGGUAUAUACUCUUUGGUAUUGCAUGCUAAUCCUAACUUAACGUGGAGAGAUGUUCAAUAUGUAUCUGCCUUGAGUUCUGUUCCAAUAAAUGAGGAUGAUGGUAACUACCAAAUAACUGCUUUGGGCCGUAAAUAUUCUCAUAAAUAUGGAUAUGGAAAAAUCGAUGCAUAUGCGAUGGCUCACUUUGCUGAAACUUGGAAAAAUGUCAAACCUCAAGCAUGGUACUACUCUGAUCUUCAAAAAGUAGGUGGGACUAUUAGUCCUGAAAAACAAAAUAAUGUGAUCAAGAAGAAAAUCAAAAUCACUAAGGAGGACUUAAAAAUCGUAAAUUUAGAGAGAGUUGAGCACAUAACAGUAACAGUCAAUAUUCAGGCCACAGAAAGAGGUAAGGUAGGUGUUAGAUUAAUUUCCCCACACAAGGUUACAAGUGAUUUAGCUACAUUCCGUCCUCAAGAUCGCUCCGGUGCAGGUUUUAAAGAUUGGACCUUUAUGUCUGUUGCUCACUGGGGUGAGUCAGGUAUUGGUGAAUGGGCGAUCGAAGUAUUCUCUGACUACCCGAUGGAAGAUAACCGUAUUACAUUCCAAGAUUGGCAAUUGAGAUUAUUUGGUGAAUCCAUUGAUCCAGAAAAGGCUGAAGUAUACGACAUCACUAAAGAUUAUAGCGCGGAAAGAAGAGAGAAACAAAAAGAGCAAGACAAAAAGCCUAUUGGGGUUCAAGAUCCCCAGUCGAGUGCUGUAGAAUCACAAGCUGAAUCUACAAAGGAAACCAAGACAAAGGCCAAAACAAAGGCUACAACUACAGGCAAACCCACUUCUGUCAUUACAUCCGCUAAGCCGGAAGGAAAAGUUGAUGCAACCGAAAAACCUAAAACAACUACCCCAAAUGCUUCCUCAAAGCCGGACCCCACAGAAACUAGCGAGCCCGAAGAGGAGGAGGAUGGUAAAAGUAAACAAUACACGGCUGACCACACUGGGCAAUAUUUCAUGGCAAUAGCAGUAAUUGGGUUUAUCAUUGUAAUAAUAUUCAUGAGAUAUCACAAAACCCCAGGCAGCUCUCGCCGCAGAAGAAGAAGAGAAGAAUACGAAUUCGAUAUUAUUCCCGGCGAAGAUUAUACUGACAGUGAGGAUGAUAACGACGACUCGUUGGAUUUAGGACAUAGAAAUGAUAGACGUCACAACUCCCGUAAUAGCGACGAGACAAGAGACAGAUUAUUCGACGAAUUCAAUGCCGAAACAUUACCAGAUUACGAUGAUGGCAUGUUUGCAAUCGGUAAUGAAGAAGACGAUCAUCCUGAAGACCCUAGAGCCGAGCACAAUAGCAAAUUUUCGACAAAGCCAGCCGCGGAUUUUGCACCAAAAGACUCAAAAAGUGCAACCGAAGACAUAGAAACCUCUACAAACAAGUCAAAUGAUCAUGAGGAUACAGACACUAGCCAGAACCCUACUUCUAUAUCAGAAUCAAGAACGUCUGUUUAA